AUGAACCAGAUAAAGGUCACCGGGGAGGAUAAGUCCACAGGAAGAACAGCGGAACUAGUUGGAGCAUCACAGCUGGAUGCUACCACUAGCGGAAUGCAUGAGCAGGAUAAAAAUGCGAACCUGACUCAAAUGGAAGUUGAAGCGACAAAGGUCACCAAAAUGGAACUGGUUGAAAUGGGAUUGGAUGACCUUUUGUUGAAUGACAAGACUGUAGACGAUGACCUUUGGGCCACUCCAAUGGUGUCAGACGAAUCAAAUGAAUCAUACUUCACGGACGAUGAAACGACGAUGAAUGUGUCCUUCCAAUCCGCGAUGAGACAAGCCGACCGUGCUGAAGGGACGAUACUAUUCAAAGAUAUACCGGAGCACCUCAUCGAACGGACAAAAACAGGAAAGGUCAUCAAUGUUAGACCACCAUCACCGAACAGCCCCACAACGACUUUGAGAACUCGUGUUAGAGAGUUGGAAGACGAACUCGAGACCAAGGAAAGUCAGGCAACGAAGCGAACGAGAGAAAAUCGGGAAAAACUGUCACCGCUGGAAGCCCGAAUAUACGUAUUGGAACAACAACAGGUUGACUUAGAGAGCGCAGCGGACGAAUGGAAAAUCAAAUACGAACGCCAACGAGAACUCGCGGAAGAAUAUUUGAAGAUGGUGGAUGACAGAGAAAUGGAAGGUCAUCUUGCAGUCAGUGACCUCAACGAGAGCAUGUCAGAAGAAUCAGCCAAAAGGUCACGGCACUUAGCGGAAUUGAAGGACGAAUGCGACUCACUGAAACUAAAGGUCACCGAAGCUGAAACGAAAAGAGAUGAAUACGCAACCAAACUCGCCGACGCUACUCAGCGGUUGUUGACGAACACCACUGAAAUCUUCAAGCUCAGGAAUGACCUGAAGCUCCGUGACGAGAAUAUCGGGACCCUUCAGAGGGAGUCAUACGAUCACCAGAGGAGGGCUGAUGAAGCCGCUAAGGUGGCAAAGGACUUGCGAGAUCUUACAGCCACCGAAGGAGUACGGUUGAUUAAUGAAAUAAGACAGGUGAUGCAAGAGAACAAGGCGUUGAAGGAUGACAACAAAAAGGUCACCGAUGAGAUUAAAGAGUUAAAAGAAGCCGCCAAGACAAUUGCAGAACAAGGCGCGAGGUGGGAGCACGAGGCACACCUCUUGGACGAAAAAGUCACGGUACUUGAACUGAAAGAUAAAGAGUGGCAACGGACAGUCCAUCAGAAGACACAGGAGAUCAUCAAACUCAACACGGAGUUGAUCGACAUGACCCAAACGGCAAUGACAAGAGAAGACGAGGUCAAUCAGACAAAAACCCAGCUGAAAGCGGCAGCCGAUGAGUAUUCGAAACUGGAAAGAGACGUGACCCAGUUGGCGGAACACAUCAGGAAAGUCGAAAAUGACACUGAAAAGGUCAUCCAGGAGAAAACGUUCCAACUCCACCAGCACAUGCUAAAGGUCAAGGAGGAAAAUCAGAAUUUGAAAACAGAAAAGAGGAAUUCCAAUUGAAAGUCCGUCGCCUCGAGGAUGAAAAUAAGGCGCUCAACAUCUCAAACAAACACAAAGAUGAGCAGCUGUUGCAAUAUGGAGUUAGAACAGCCACGGUGGA